AUGGCCCCACAUGGUUUAACGAAAACGUUAGCAGUCGUCCUUGCAAUAAUCAGCAUUCUCUUCCUCAGCCAAAUUGACGCUCAAAGCCCGUCCCAUCGUGGCCCACCUUCUUCUCGUCUCCGCUCACCCCCACCCCCUCGCGGUACACCUUCACGCCCUCGUCGCCCGCCCUCACCCCCUCGUCGUUCGCCCUCACCCCCACCAAUGGCCUGUCCACCUUGUAUUUGCCCACUACCAUCUCCUCCACAGAACACCCCACCACCAAUUUCACCAUCAGACACAUCACCACCUAAGACUAAUCCGCCACCCGAGAUUUCACCACCUGAAACUGCACCACCAGAUAUUAUAGACCCUGAGAUUCCACCACCGGAGAUUAUAGUAGAUCCUGAGAUUCCACCAUUCGAAAAUCCAUCACCUGAGAUUCUACCACCCGAGAUUUCGCUCCCUCAAACUCCACCACCAGAUAUUCUAGACCCUAAGAUUCCACCUCCAGAGAUUAUAGUAGACCCUGAGAUUUCACCAAUCGAGACACCACCAACUGAGAACCCGUCACCCGAGAUUUCACCACCUGAGACUCCACCACCAGAUAUUAUAGACCCUGAGAUUCCACCACCGGAGAUUAUAGUAGAUCCUAAGAUUCCACCAUCAGAAAAUCCAUCACCCGAGAUUUUACCACCCGAGAUUUCGCUCCCUCAGACUCCGCCACCAGAUAUUAUAGACCCUACGAUUCCACCACCAGAGAUUAUAGUAGAACCUGAAAUUCCACCACUCGAGACACCACCAACCGAGAACCCGCCACCCGAGAUUUCACCAUCGGAGACUCCACCACCAGAUAAUAUAGACCCUAAGAUUCCACCAUCUGAAACUCCAGCACUCGAGAGUCCACCGCCUGAGAUUUCGUCACCUGAGACUCCACCACCUAAUAUUAUAGACCCUGAGAUUCCACCAUCCAAGACACCACCACCUGAGAAUCCGUCACCUGAGAUUUCACCACCCGAAACUCCACCACCGGAUAUUGUAGACCAUGAGAUUCCACCCCCAGAGAUUAUCAUAGAUCCUGAGAUUUCACCAUCCGUGAAUCUACCACCCGAAAUUACACCACCUGAGACUCCACCACCAGAGAUUAUAGUAGACCCUGAGAUUCUACCUCCCGAGACUCCACCACCAAAUAUUAUAGACCCUGAAAUUCCACCAUUCGAGACCUCACCACCAGAGAUUAUAGACCCCGAAAUACCACCAUCUAAUACUCCACCACCGCAGAUUAUAGACCCAAAGACUCCACCACCCGAGACCCUACCACCAGAGACUCCACCACCUGAAAUUAUAGACCCAUCACUCGAAACUCCACCUCCAGAGAUACCACCACUAGAGAUCCUACCAACGCUUCCUCCGAACACACCCCAACAAACUCCUCCAAACACACCACCGGAAAAUUCACCAACACUUUCACCAAACUCACCACCGUUGACUCCUCCUGGUACACCACUGUCGCCUUCACCAAACAACUCACUAUCACCUCCUCCUUCGAGCUCCCCACCACCACCGCCCCAGCCUCAAACAUCACCACCAUCUCCCCCACGUGGCAUAUGUCCCAGGAAUGCCAACCAAAUAAGGUCAUGUUCCAAUAUCCUAAGAUUUUUCGGUAACUUUCUAGAUUUUCGAUUGGCGAAACCAUGUUGUACCCUCAUUCGCGAUUUAUCUGAUGCUCAAGCAGCUGCUUGCCUAUGUGAUUUGGUGAGAGCACGACGUUCCACUCUUUCUCCCAAUAUCAUUAUCCUCUGUAGGGCUUGCGGCCGCAGGAUUCCCAGAGGUUUCACCUGCCCAUAA